GAGUCAACCACAGUAUUGGUCACGAGAGGCAAAUCACGAAAGUACGGGGAAUAACGGCAAUGAGUCAAAAUAUAUCUUUCUCAUCGAACAGCCUCCAACGUUCAAACUCAAAUGUCUCGUUUAUCAUGCCUAUUGAGGACAUCGACAUAUCGAGCCUCUUCGAAGGAGAUCACAUGUUUCUGGCAGCACAGGACUCAACGGAGGAUGUUCCCCCCUUGAAACCCUUAUCUCGAGCUAUCUCUGCUACUGAAUCCGAUUCAGGUGAUGAAGAGUGGCUGCAGAAUGUAGGCGACAGCACUGCCAUUGGCCACGCUGUUUCCCAGUGACCACAACAGUCUUCUCCACCCCGAUCAGUGUACCGUAGUCAAGAACCCGUAGAAUCCAGGGGAUACGUGUACUCCGGAAUGGUCGUCUCAGUCGACGCUGACUGGUUGUGAUGUGGAUUCUUCACAGUGGUCUCUACCUCAAGACGCCACAGACUUCCUGGAUAUGGUGGAUCAAAGUCUCGAGUUUAAUUGGUUAAUUGGUUUGUGGACGGAUAUGAUAAUAACGUCCUAGUAAUAUGUAGCCAUUUUUUGGACAUACUUAUAUCCAGCUUUCUUGUCAGGAUUACACAUGUUACAC